AUGGCAGCAGAACUGCUUGCAAACCCCGCUUCAAAAGCAGGAGCGAUAGAAAUCACCAACGGCUCUUGCCUCUGCGGUUCAAUAACCUACACAGUCUCAGGCACACCUUCCACAACCGUCCUCUGCCACUGUACAAGCUGCAAAAAGCCAUCGGGCUCUGCUUUCAUGGCCAACAAUUUCUACGAGGCUUCUAAACUUAAUAUUACUGGUCCUACGAGUACCCUGAAAAAGUACAAUGAUACGAGCCCCGAUGCUGGUGGUUUCGUCCAGCGUUAUUUCUGUGGUGACUGCGGCUCGAACAUAUUCAUCAAGAACUCGAAAUGGGAAAAUGCUGUGAUCGUUGCGACGGGAACGUUGGAUUAUGAGGAGGCGCUGACGGAAUGGAAGCCCGAUGCUGAGUUCUUUUGUAAGAGAAGGGGUCCCUGGUUGUCUAAUGCUGGAGCGAUUGAGGAAAAGAAGUUCAACGCGAUGACUUAG